AUGCUGCUGUUUGCACUGCCCGUCCUCAGUCAUACUACCCUGUGUUUAGCUAAUGCUGAGGACGUCACCAUUCCACCCUGGGUACCCACUGAAUGUCACCCCACUACGAAUCCUUGCAUGAACCUGCUUUACUUCACAAGAUUACAAAGGAUUCCAGGAUCUCCUACAUUCAGAUCGGUUUUCAACACCCUUGAGGACGGCAGAUACUAUGGUAGGAAAAUGAGUAAUCUUUUGGAAGAUCUCAAUUUGAAUUUCUCCAAGGUUAGAGAAACUGUUUCCCAUCCUCACUCUAUACGCCCUGUCAGCAAGGAAGCUUUGUAUGAACAUAGCUUGCAGAUGCAGCUGACUGAGGCAUCUACAUCAUCGCUUUUUACAACAAAGAAAGCUGAGAACUUCGAUGUCCGGCUGCCUCGAUCCCUUAAGCCACUCCAUUACCUGGUCAAACUUCAACCUUUCAUCAAUGGCAACUUCAGCAUCAUCGGCUAUAUGGAGGUAGAGAUGGAGGUUCUGGAACCCAACAUGCCCAUCGCCGAUACUGUGCCUGUGUUAGUAGGACAGGAGGGAUGGGUGUGGGACCGUUACGAGAAGAGCGUCCCCAUGUCCACCUACCUCGUCGCCUUCAUUGUGUCAGACUACGUUCAGAUCAACUCGACCGCGAAUGACCACGUAGCCUUUCGAGUGUGGGUGCGACAAGAGACCAUAGAUCAAGCAGAGUAUGCAAAUGAGGUGAGUCCCAAGAUCCUAGGUUUCUUUGAAGAUUACUUCAACCUGUCUUAUCCCCUCCCGAAGAUGGACAUGAUUGCAUUAACAGACUUCUCUGCAGGAGCUAUGGAGAACUGGGGUCUAAUAACUUACAGGGAAAGUUUUCUCUUGUACGACGCCCAAGUUACAACCCCAGUCGACAAGUCAAUCAUUGCAGAAAUUAUAUCCCAUGAAUUGGCUCACCAGUGGUUCGGUAAUCUGGUGACGCCCAAGUGGUGCGAUGAUCUCUGGCUGAACGAGGGAUUCGCUACUUAUAUAAGUUACCUUGGUAACUUAUAUAGGAUCAGCAUUCCCGUUUCAGACCCGGACGAUAUAUAUGAAGUCUUUGAUGACAUAUCCUACAGUAAAGGGUCGUCUAUCAUCCGGAUGAUGACCCACUACCUCACUGAGCCAACAUUUAGGAAGGGAUUGAGCAACUACCUAAAAGCACUCACAUACAAUAGUUCUGUGCAAGACGACCUGUGGAAGCAUCUGACUGUGGCGGCUCACGAGGACGGCAUUCUGCCCAAGGACGUGACUGUUAAGAUGAUCAUGGACACGUGGACGCUGCAGAUGGGCUACCCCGUCGUGAAGGUGACGAGGAGCGCCGACGGAACCUCUGCCAUUUUAACUCAGGAGCGGUUCCUCUUAGAAAGGAGCGCAAACUCUUCCAACACCACGGGUUACAAGUGGUGGGUGCCGCUGACGUACACGACCCAGAACGAGGCCAACUUCAACCAGACUCAAGCCAAGCUAUGGAUGAAAGACUCUGAGGAUCACGUCACCGUCUCAUCUCUCCCCCCGAAGGAUCAGUGGGUCAUCUUCAACCUACAGGAGACGGGCUACUACAGAGUCAACUACGACGACCACAACUGGAAUCUUAUUAUCCAGCAGUUGAAGAAGGACCACCAGGUUUUUUGUCCCGUCAACAGAGGAGAGAUUAUCGAUGAUGCCAUGAACCUUGCCAGAGCUGAUCAUCUCAGCUACAAGAUCGCCAUUGGCGCGUAUACAUUUUUGUGGAAAGAAGAUGAAUAUCUGCCUUGGGCCACAGGCGUCAAUAAACUCUAUUACAUAGAGAGUAUGUUCAAACGCAGAAGUGGAUUCGGCGCGCUCAAGUGCUUAUCUAAUGUGCUUUCUUUCUACAAUGACCUAGGGUCGUCUAUCAUCCGAAUGAUGACCCACUACCUCACUGAGGCAACAUUUAGGAAGGGAUUGAGCAACUACCUCAAAUCAGCGGUGUAUUGUCACGCCAUCGCCGAAGGCGGAGAGGCUGAGUGGGACUUCGCUUGGGACCAGUACAUUACCACCAGCGACCCUGAAACAUCCACAAUUGCUGAAUUGAAGCCGAUAUUCCCUAACUUCUCGUGGUUUCACGACUUCGUAGCUUUACUUCCUGAUUUUGCAACGAGAAGCAGCUUUGGAUACCUCGAGAUGGCCAUGAACCCGGGUAAUGGCAUAAGACUUCAAGAUGCUAUAUAUGUGUUAAAAAACAUGAGUAACAAUGAUGUGGGACGCUCCUUGAUUUGGGACUACCUCACACUUCAUUGGAACAAUAUUUACACAUUGACGCAGACGCUGCCAAGUUCCCCCUGGAUAUAUGAUUAUAUUAUCAUCACCAUCGUCAUCAAAACCACAAUGGUUUAUCGUUGGCAAGGAAAACCUAGAUGGAGGCGGCGUCCUCAUAACAGAUCUAUUUCAGGUAAGAUACCCGAUCGAGCCACCCUUAUCGGAGGGCAACAUCCUGACAUCCAGAAUAUAGACUUCCCGAGGUCGAUGUGGAUUGCAAGCAGCCCACGACCAAACCAACGACGGAAUUCCACAGUGACUCGAAGUGCUAGGAUAUGGUCGUCUAUGAAUAGGCCAAGAACUGGUCCCUGGCAGCAGAUCGGACCGCAUCUCGCCCAGGGAAGCUUUGGUCCAGAGGGCUGCAGGAUUGAAAGGGAUCUGCAACAUCCACCGUGA